UUUUUGUAUGUACAUAGUAUGUAUUAUUUUUGUUUACAUUUUGACUUUCAUAUAAAUUGAUUGAUUGAAAUCCUCGCCUUCUUUUCCGGUUCUAACGAAACCAAGAGACCUGUAUCUUUUUUGAGAUAGCAGUGAGAUACAAGCUACGUUUCAUUUUUGAAACAAUUAAAAAAAAUCCAGGUUGCAGACACCACCGGAGGCUAAAAUGAGCAGCAGCUACUUGGACAACCUGGCCACCUCUAGGGAAAAUUGGCUCGCCAAAUUGGAGGGAAUGAAUGUUAAUCGGACGGACAUGAACAAACUCAUCAUGAACUACUUGGUCACUGAGGGAUUCAAAGAGGCAGCUGAAAUGUUCAAACAAGAGUCUGGUGUGGAACCGAGUGUGGAUUUGAACUCUUUGGACCACCGGAUUCGAGUUCGAGACGCAAUCCAGGGUGGAAACAUCCAGGCAGCAGUGGCCAUGGUCAAUGAACUGCAUCCUGAGUUGCUCGACAACGAUAGAUUUCUCUUCUUCCACCUGCAGCAACUUCAACUUAUUGAACUGAUCAGAGCAGGACGGGUGGAGGAGGCCCUAAGUUACGCCCAAGAGCACCUUUGUGAGGCAGGAGAGGCGGACGCAGCAGUUUUGGCCGAACUGGAAAGGACCUUGGCACUUUUGGCCUUCGAUCAACCAGAGCAAAGUCCAUUCAGUGACCUCCUUCAGCCAGCCCACAGACAAAAAGUUGCAAGCGAGUUGAACGCUGCGAUUUUGCGAAUGGAAGACCAAGAGGCCACCUCCCCAAAGCUGGCUGACUUAUUGAGGCUGAUCUUGUGGGCGCAAGAGGAAUUGGACAAGAAGAAAAUCAAGUACCCCAAAAUGGUCGACCUUGCCGACGCCACAAUCGAUAAGGUGGACAUGUCUAAGUGACAAAUGAUCCACUCUCUGCUCGAUGCUUUCUAUUACGGCUGACUAACAGUAGAAAAGUCUAUCUUGCGGGAGUAAUUAAUCUUGGAGAUCUUUUGAACAUGAAUUUAUUAUAAUUUUUUUUAGUCGAUUCAGAAGUUUAUCUGAAUUUAAGUAAUACUGAUAACUAAAUAAUAAUGCUAUUUGUUUUUGUACAUAAAUUAAAUGUAAAAAAAAAUGUCAUUUGUUGUGAUAUUCAGACACAAAAUUUCGACUAGAUUACAAUUAGUGUAUAAUUGUGUUGCUUUGCCCAGAAAAUAAAUAUCUGCAAAUCGUUAA